AUGGGCUUUUUGUUCUCCUACGUCGCGCUCAUUUCGUACGAGAGCGACUUCCGCAUCGCUACGGACAAACAGCUACUUCCGCCUGAUGUCAAAUGGUCGGAAUGGAGAGACCUUGUCGAGCAACUGGAUACACAGCGCAUCUGCCCCCACAUCGACCGGCGCUUCUACCAUGGCGAGCUACGCCUGAGUCGACUGAAUAAGAUAUACUUCUUGCAGGACCCGUUGCGAGGAUACAUGCCCACAUGGGACCGAUACGGUCCCUUCUUUCGCGAUAACUUUACAUGGCCAGCAAGCGUCACCGUUACAUCGCCAUAG